ACAGUUCAAUUGACAACAACAAAAACACAAAGUAAAUAAAAAUAAACAAAACAUCAUGUUAAUAUUACGAAAUUUAAGAAUUUUAACAAAUUUAACUAAAAAUAAUUUGCCUAAGCGUUACUUAAGAGGUUUACCUCAACGUAGAGUGGAAUCCGUAGCCGUACCCACAACCACAAAAGCUGAGGAAGAGAAGGAUGAAAUAAAAUUAGCGCAAAAAGAAUUAGCCGACUUGACGGGUGGUCUUAGUGUGGAACAACUUAGGGAAUUAUUAAAACCACAGACAAGUAAACAUGCCAAAUUACCCGAAAAUACUGACGAAGUGCAGCUAACAACUGAGUCCACCAAACAGGCUCUACUGCCCACCUACAACUUAGCGGCUUAUGUAGAUAAAUCAGAAUUACUGCAACAAUUCAUACAGUUGGGUGUAGAUUUAAGUGCCAUUGAAAGACGCAAGGGCUUGCCCGAAUUUGUACUGCAGCUACAGCUAGAACAAGAUGUUAAACCCCGCUUACUCUUUCUAAAGGAUCAGGGAGUGCCGGCCGAAAGAUUUGGUGAAUUAAUUACAAAAAAUCCUUUAAUAUUUAAAGUGGAUUUAGAUGACAUGCAAACUAGGGUAAAUUAUUUGGAAUCUAAGCGGUUUAGUAAAACACAAAUCCAGCGUAUAAUUACCCUAAAUCCCUACUGGUUAAUGUUCUCAACUCAGCGUAUUGAUAAAAGACUGGGCUACUUUCAAAAGGAAUUCGCUUUGAAAGGAGAUGAUGUACGUUUUCUGGCAAGUAAACUGCCACGCUUGAUAACCUACAAUAUGGAACACAUACGUCAGGCAACGUUUUGUAUACGCGAGGAAAUGGGUUUCACUAAAGAUGAAAUCAAAUGUUUACUUUUGAGUAAGCCCAGAUUGUUGAUGUUAAAAUCUGAUGACCUUAUAGAACGUUUUGCCUAUGCCCACCAAGAAAUGCAAUUGUCCCAUCAAAUGAUUUUGCAACAACCCGAAAUUUUAACCUCACGUGAAUUUCGUUUACGUGAACGCCAUGAAUUUUUAAAAAUGUUGGGUAGAGCUCAAUACGAUCCGGAAAAGGACAUGUAUAUUUCUCCUAAAUCUUUGGUAGAGGGUAAUAAUCAUUAUUUUGUACGUAAUGUUUCCAAAAGUGAUAUGGAAACAUUUGAAUUGUUUUUGAAAACUCGAUAAUAAUUUUUAACCAAAGAAAUUAUAACAAUAUUCAUAUGUAUUAGUUUAUACUUAAAAUAGUUUGUUAAUAAAUCUUUUUAUGUUACCUAAAAUUUAAAAA